AUGGUACUGCCAGAUGAGAGAGAAUUUCAAUAUGCUGCUAAAAUGAACAAUCUGGAUACCAUGGAAAAACUGUUUAAAAAGAAUGUUAAUAUAAAUGCCGUAGAUACUCUGAAGCGCACAGCGUUUCAUUUUGCUGUUGUGGGAGGCCAUAUGUCCGUGGUGGAUUUUCUUCUCCGUCACAAAGCAAGACUUGACAUGGCAGAUCAGCAUGGCCUGACAGUGAUUCAUCUUGCAGCUUGGACUGGAAAUCUGGAUAUAAUGCGAAAAUUAGUUAAAGCAGGUGCUGAUCAAAAGGCUAAGAAUGAGGAAGGAAUGAAUGUACUGCAUUUUGCAGCUCAGAGCAACAGCAUUAAAAUAGUUGAUUAUUUCCUCCAAGAUCUUCAUCUGAAUGACUUGAACAAACCUGAUGGGAAAGGUAAAAAGCCAUUUCUUCUGGCCUGUGAAAAAGGCCACAUUGACAUGAUAAAAAGUUUGAUUGCUCUGAAGCUAUUUACAUCUGAAAAAGAUCAGGAGGGAAACACGGCAUUGCAUUUAGCAGCCAAAAAUGGUCACAGUGAAGUUGUAGAAAUUCUGCUUGAACAAUGGGAGGAAAUAAAUGACCUCAAUCAGAAUGGAGAAACUCCAUUUUACUUGGCUGUUGAAGGAGGUCAUGAAAAAUGUGCAGAACUCUUACUGGAGGCAGGGAGUGACAUCAAUGUUUCAACUCAGAACAAUAGUAGUGCUUUGCAGAUUGCAAUUCAAAAUGGACAUCUAUCCUUGGUUACUUUUCUUAUUGAUAAGAAUAUUGACCUGGUUCCUAAACCUGAGCAGAAGAAUUCCCCUCUCCAUUUAGCAGUUAUCAGUAAUAAUCUACCAGUAGUAAAAAGCCUUUUGGAUGCCAAUCACGACAUAAACUCCUUAAAUCACAGGCAGGAAACCCCUCUACAUCUGGCAGCUGAUCUUGGCAAUGUGGAAUUGGUGGACGUGCUGCUGAAGUCAGGCUGCAAUCUCAAGACCAUAGAAAAGCAUGGAAAAACUGCACUAGCCACAGCAUCAAGGAGCCAUCAUGCCCUCAUUGUAGAUAUGAUCAUGAAAGCAGAAAGGUAUUUUGCCAUGCAACAGACACAUCUAGCUCAUAGUGGUAAUGGGUCAGACUUCAGCGUGUCCUUCAAACAAGAUCACAGUACACAGACCAAGCAAAUCCGUUCCUGCCUUUGGAAUUUAGCAUACAACCAGUUAAAACCCCGUGAAUGGAAAAAACUGGCUGUAUUCUGGAAGUUCACAGAUGAACAAAUUAAAGCUAUUGAAGAACAGUGGACAGGGAAAAAAAGUUACAAGGAACAUGGAAACAGAAUGUUGCUCAUCUGGUUACAUGGUACCUUGCUGUCUCAUCAGAAUCCUGUUAAACAUCUGUAUGAAGAUCUGGUGGAAGCAGGAUUUCAGCCUUUAGCUGAGAAGAUCAGAGCUUCAAUCAGCAUUGGCAUGGACUCCAGGAAAUGUGUCAUUUCAUGAUCAUCAA